UUUCGCCAAAACAAACAUGCGUGGAAGAAAAGUCACAACACCUGGCCCCUCGGAAAAGGUGCCCCACAAUCGGUUCGUUUGUUUGGAAGGAGGACGCACGGCCCAAUCGAAGCCGUGCCGUGCUGCGCCCAUUCAUCUAAUCACACUUUUGGAAAACGCAUAUCAAUCAAGCAGGGGUGUGUUGCAUAGAAAAUGCCACGAGUACAUAUCAUUCCGGUGCUGGUCGUGAUAGCAUUCCUGAACGCAAAUGCCCAGACGGGCAACCUAAAGAAUGCGCAAAAGCACACUCCCUCCACCGUUUCAGCCAGCGGCCUUCAGCAGCUAGCGCUCGAUCCGAUGGCCCUACUGCCACAGGCGUUGGAAAAUCUACUUGUCGAGCGAGUAGUCGGAACGGCGGGUCACGAAAAUGUGAAAAAUUACAUCGUGGAGCAGAUGGGCCGGCUCGGCUAUUCCGUCGAUCUGGACGAGUUUGAAGAAACCGUACCCAUCCUGGGUAAGCUACGGUUUGCCAACAUAGUCGCAUCGCUCAACCCGAACGCGGAACGCAAUGUGGUGCUGGCCUGCCACUACGAUAGCAAAUAUUUCCCGGGCCAAAAAUUCAUCGGAGCCACCGAUUCGUCGGUGCCCUGUGCAAUGCUACUUACAAUUGCGGCCACACUCGAGCCCCACCUGCGGUCGGUGAAGGGAAAGACGGACCUGAAUCUUCAAUUCAUCUUCUUCGACGGUGAAGAAGCAUUCCAGCAGUGGACCGAGCAGGACUCACUGUACGGUGCACGGCACCUUGCGGCACGUAUGGAGCGGGACGGUACGCUUCAAAAGAUGGACAUGCUCGUGCUGCUUGAUCUGCUCGGAACGCCGGAACCGAACUUUUACAGCUAUUUCCCGGAAACGGAAAACUGGUACGUGCAGCUCAUUUCCGUUGAGCGACGGCUGGAUGAGUUGGGCCAUCUGGAAAAUUAUAGCACGAGCAGUGUGUCACCGGCGCAGAAAUCCAUCGCGUACUUCAAGCCGCAUUCCUUCUCGGCCCACAUCGAAGAUGAUCAUAUUCCAUUCUUGAGGCGCGGCGUGCCCAUUUUGCACAUCAUUCCGAGCCCCUUCCCGGACGUUUGGCACAAGCUGGAAGAUGACGGUGAUAUCGUGGACGUGCCGACGGUGCGCAAUAUGAUCAGAAUAUUUUCGGUCUUUGUCUGCGAGUAUUUGAAUGUGCCGUUAUGACAGUCGAGGGAUGAAUUUUAAUCCAUUGCGUCCACGGUGUUACGUACUUAUACAAGCAAUGUGAAAAAAACAAUAAUUAUCAGCUGGAUGCCUCUCGAUCCAGCUGCUGAACGCAAAUUCCUAGUAAACACGCAUAUCACGUAUUACAUUUUUUACUGUGCAAUAAACAAAUUUGUUGAAAACAAAUUGAA